UAUUAACAUUGUGUAAAUAUUAAGGUGAAUUUAACAUGACACAGUUCUCACGUGCCAAAUUAAACUACCAAAGAUUAAUAUGGAUAUAGACCACCAUGUCUAUUCAUCAUGAUCAAACAGUGAUGCAUAUAUCAAAUAUACUUUUUACAUAAUGCAUGUCCUUAACAGCAGUGAGCACAUGGGGAGGAGUCAAACCCUGCUAACCAACAGUGUCUCUCUGGUCACUGUGCUCCAACUCAGCUGGAGGUCUAACAUUAACAGAAAUCUGCUCUGAGCGCAAGGACUGUGCAAAAACAGGAUAAGGCGCUAUAUAGCCAUUCUAUUCUAUACAAUUCUGAUACCACAGCCAACACAGGAACUACUGGACGAGAGGCUGGGAGUUGUGUGAAAGUAACUGCCUGAAUCUGCAGAGCUCCUAAAUAUAUCAAGAUGUUAAAGGCAUCAAAAGUGACUGACGCAAGUGCCUCAGGGCAGGUGGCCAUUAAAAAGCGAUCCAGUGUCCCAGGGGUCAUGAUCACUCAGUUUGUGGAGGAACUUCCCAAGGGAUCGAGCACGCCUGACUUUAUCCGCAAACCGAUUGCUUUGACGAUCCAAGAAGGUAAACUGGCCGUCUUCAAGGCAAUUGUGACAGGGAUUCCAACGCCAACGGUCACAUGGGCAAGAAACAAUGGAGAUAUCAGCGAUCCGGAGAGAUAUCAGAUGAAACACUGUUCCAUUUCUGGUGAACACACACUAGAGAUGCCCAACGUAUCAGCAUUGGAAGAAGACGUCUACAAAUGCUUUGCCUGUAAUGAGUUUGGAAAGGCUGUUGUCACGGCGACUCUAAAUGUCAUUGAAGUUGGAUUCAACAAGAGUAAGGCACUGCAGCAAUCAAGAGCUGCUUUAAGAGAGAAAACACUGGAUUUCAAAAACCUCUUGAAAACCCGUACUGAACGCGAGAAACCAGAAAGAAAACAGGGAGAGCCGGAUGAAAAGGUCUGGGAAAUUUUACUGAGCGCAGACAAGAAAGACUACGAACGUAUCUGUAUGGAAUACGGCAUUACGGACUUCCGGGGGAUGCUGAAGAGGCUGAAUGAGCUGAAGAGGGAGAGGGAGGAGGAGCAGGCCCAGUUUGUUGAGCACCUGAGCAACCUAAAACAUAUUGAAGUAAAAGCUAAUGGCUGUGCAGAGUUUGAAAUAACGAUGGACAUGAAGGACCAAAACAGUCGGAUGUUCUUAUAUAAGAAUGGAGAGAUGAUCGAGUUCAGCGAUGACACAAGCUCGAAACACAGUCUAAAAAAAGUGGGAAAGAAGUAUGUGUUCAGUGUUAAAGAUCUUGACCCAGAUGAUGCUGGCUUGUACCAGGUGGAUGUUGAGGGUGUCAAUAUAUUUUCAACCGAAUUCAAAGCACCCCCGGUGGAAUUCCGGGUUAAAAUUCAGGAAGUAACGGCCACGGAGAGAGAGGAUGCUGUGUUUGAAUGUCUUUUAUCCCAACCAUUUCCAAAGAUAGCAUGGGUAGGAAAGAAUGUAACACUGCAAUCAGGGGAUAAGUAUGACAUCACUGUGUCUGAGGACAUGCUCAUCCACAGACUAGUGGUGAAGGACUGCAUGCAGGUGGACAAAGGGAUCUAUGCAGCCAUUGCUGGCAUCAAAUCCUGCAAUGCUUGGCUUAUAGUUGAAGCGGAUAAGGAUGCAGGCACAGGAAAAAAGAAAGCCCGAAAGUCAACCCAAGCCGGAGGCGCUGGCGUUGACCUGGAGAAGAUGGCCAGGGAGCAGCAGGCCAAGCUGCAAAUGGGGAGAGAAGAGAUCUUAGGGUCACUGCAAAAGGCCAGAGAGGAGAAGGAUGCAUCUGCUCAGGAAGGUGAAGGCAAAGGCGAUGGGGUGGUCGGUUUGGCUGGGCGUAAGGAGUCCAUGGAGAAAACUUCAUCACCUUCAGCUCCAACAGGACAAACAGGGCAAACAGGGAAAUUAGGACAAAGUGGAGAAACUGGACAAAGUGGAGAAACAGGACAAACUGGAAAAACUGGACAAAGUGGAGAAACAGGACAAACUGGAAAAACAGGACAAAGUGGAGAAACAGGACAAACUGGGAAAACAGGACAAAGUGGAGAAACAGGACAAACUGGAAAAACAGGACAAAGUGGAGAAAAAGGACAAAGAGAUUCUUCAUCGCUUAUAAGUCAAAGUCAACCAUCUUCAGCUCUAGAAGGCCAGAUUCAAGUCGCUGCUGUGAAGGAGCCUAGUGGCAUCACUUCUCCUGCUUGUGAAGCUGAUGUUGUUGAUAAGUCUGCUGGGAAUAAGCAGGACACAGAAACCACUGGGGGGGAGCCUGCGGACGCAGUCGGGGCUGAGCUUGAUGCAGAGACACCACUCAGCCAAAGUACGCGGCGUAGCAGAGCGGGUCCACUUGUUCCAGAGACACUCAUUGAAAAAGGAGUUCAGUUCAUCUGUGGUCUGUCAGACGUCAGUGCCAUUCUAGGCCAGUCUGCAGAGAUGGUCUGUAAGCUGAGCAAUGAAAACUGCGACGGUGUCUGGUACAAAGACGGAAAACAGUUGACGUCCGAUGAUGCCAUGACCAUUACUAAGGAAAAGGCCUGGCACAAGCUGACAAUAAAGGACUGCCAGGAGAAAUACAACGGCAAAUACCGCUUUGAAGCAGACGGACAUAAGACAGAAGCACAGCUUGUUGUAAAAGACCCACCCAGAUUUGACCUGGAUGAACUGGGUAACUUCUCAGAGCCAGUAGUUAUAAAAGUUGGCCAAAAUGCAACCUUCAAGAUUGCUUUUGUGGGCCGGGAACCAAUGAAGGUGCAGUGGUAUAAAGAUGGCGAAGAACUUGUGGAUGAUACCAGCAUCAAGGUGGAAAAGGCUUCCGAUCACAGCCGCCUACUACUCGGAAGGUGCCAACGUAAGGACUCUGGAGAAAUCAAGAUCAAGGUCAGAAACGAGUUUGGAACGGCUGAGGCUUGCACCAGUCUCAUUGUUCUGGACAAACCGAAACCACCUCAAGCUCCAGUGGAGAUAAUUGAAAGUUCGGCGAAAUGCAUUGAAAUCAAAUGGAGGCAUCCGAAGGACGACGGCGGAUCUCCAGUGACUAACUACGUCUUGGAACGGCAGCAGUUGGGACGCAACUCCUGGAAAAAGCUUGGGGAGAUACCGGCAAAACCGACGUACAGAGACACUGAUGUGACCCACGGGAGGAAAUACUGCUACCGUAUCUGUGCCCAGACAGCAGAAGGUGUCAGUGACAUGUUAGAGACUGACGACAUCAUGGCUGGGAACAAGGCAUAUCCUGGGCCACCAGCUGCACCCGAAGUAGUCAGCGCUUUUAAGGACUGCAUCAAUCUCUCCUGGGCUCCCCCUGCCAACACCGGAGAUAGCAGCAUUUUGGGUUACAACCUGGAGAAACGCAAGAAAGGCAGCAACCUGUGGACCCAGGUUAACUCUGGAGGAGAGCCAAUUCAAGCAAAAAAAUAUGCAGUAAAAGAUGUUGUAGAAGGAUUGGAGUAUGAAUUCCAUGUCGCUGCAAUCAACAUGUCUGGAACAGGAGAACCAAGUUCUCCAUCUGAGUUUGUAUUUGCCAGGGACCCCAUUAAGCCCCCUGGUAAAGUUGUUGACAUAAAAGUCACUGAUUCGACAUACAACACCUUAUCGCUGGCAUGGACGAGGCCGCCAGUGGUAGCAAAGGUCCACGGGGAAGCCAAGGGGUACUUUGUGGAGAUUCGUCCAGCAGAGAGUAUCGAGUGGACCCGCUGUAAAAGCAGUCCUGUCACUAUGACAUCAUUUGUGGUGAUUGGCCUGAGGUCCAUGGCCAUGUACUGGGUGAGGGUGAUUGCCACCAACGAGGGGGGGUCGGGCGAGCCCCAAGAACUGGACAACUACAUCCUGGCCAUGCCCCCACCCGUAAAGCCACGGUUUACAGAUGCCAAAAUGAAGAACUUUAUUGUGAUCAGGGAAGGGAAUUCCGCACGAGUAACUAUAAACUUUGAGGCCUCCCCUUUGCCAGAUAUAAUGUGGAUGAAGGACGGCAUGCCGCUGGCCAAACGGGUGACGGUGACCAACGCAGAGGGGGCGUCCCAGCUCCUCAUCCCCUCCUCAGAGCGCUCCGACACUGGGGUGUACACCAUCAUAGUCAAGAAUCUGGUCGGCCAGGAGACGUGCAGCGUCGAGCUAAGAGUGACCGAUGACCCUAAACCACCCGGCACAGUGGAGGUUCAGCAGAAUGUCCCUGGAACACUGACUGUGUCCUGGGCACCAUCUCCAGAUGAGAAGCGUGACGACCGGCUGCACUACAUGGUGUCUGAGCACGACUCCAGCAAGCGGACCUGGCAGACAGUGGGCGACCGGAUCUUCAACAACAGCUACACAGCUGUCAACAUCCUGCCUGGACGAGAGUACAGCUUCCGCGUCUACGCCAAAAAUGACAUGGGCAUCUCGGAAGCUUCUGUGUCAGCUAAGUGGGCAAUUACCAAGAAAAAGGAUAAGUUUGUACUGAACAUGCCCGAGGCAGAAAGCUAUAACUUCCAGACUCCACCCAAGUUUCUGGUGCAGCUGAAGAUGCAUUCGGCUCCCCAAGGCUACGAAUGCUACAUGAGCUGCGCAGUGAGGGGUAACCCGGAACCUCGCAUCACGUGGUACCGCAACAACGUGAGCCUUAGCACCGACCCCGACUACCACAUCACCAACACCUGCGGCGUCUGCUCCCUGCUGAUCCUCCGGGUCGGCCCUAAGAGCAGUGGGGAGUACAAGGUCAUGGCGGAGAACAGGCUCGGUCGGGCCGAGAGCUCCACCACGCUCACCAUGAGAGAAUGAAAGAGUGCAAAAGAAGAGCAGAAGGCUAAUGAGGACGAUGGUCCUAUCAGGUUCCGGUUAUUGCGACGGUUUGUAUUUUCAUACUCUGUGGGUGUUUUAUUCAAUAAGAACUCAAAUAUUUCCAUGAGGGGCUCUAUAAUUAAAUAUUGUAUUUGCAAGUAUGAUUAAAAAAUAAGGAAAAUUAUAGUUGUUCGUUGCUUUAACAGUCCAAUGGUUUAUAUCAGCACGGCUUCACCUGCCCAUUGGCUGUUGCUAUGGUUUUACAGGAAGAGAACCAAUUGCACUGUUCUUGGAAUGUCAGAAAUCACUACACUGUUUGUUCUAAGCUUAAGAACCAUCAUUUUCUGUAACAUAUGGACAGAAGUCUAGGUACAUUGUGGAAUUAGAACAGGAGGGUAUUGCUCCACAUGAGGCAUCUCAAGAGAAGGACUAUAUAUUAUUGGUAAAGCUAUUCAAAAGUAUUGCGUGGCAUGUAAUGUAUGUUUCCCUGAAGAUUAUCUGCAAAUAAACAAAGAAAUUAAGGGUUUGAUACAGAAGAAAUCCCUUUAUAUGUUCAA